AGUACUUAUCCACCUGAGAAUGUGUUUUGUGGAAAGUGAUUAGCCCUGAAAAUAAUUCAGCUUGAGCGUGCAACUUGGUGGUAUAUGAGAAUAAGGUCAAGAAAGCUUUAAAUGGACUUCUGAAGUAACAAAAGGAAGAAAAAUGGAGACAGAGACCAUUUUAAGUCUCAGACAGCAACUCAAGGAAGCAGAGAAUGAGCGAAGAAAGGCAGCACAGUAUGGCUUGCAUUUAUUGGAGUCCCAAAGUGAAGUUCAAAAUCAGUUGGAUCAAACACGCCGUGAAUUGACUGAGAAAACAGAGAAAUUUGAACAAGAGAAAUACUCUCUUCAGAGAGAAAUUGAACUUAAGAAUCGAAUGUUGGAAAGCUUGAGUUUUGAAUGCGAUUCCCUUAAGCAACAGCAAAAUGUGCAACUGGAUAAACAGAAAGAACAGCUUGCCAGAGUCUAUGGACAAGAAAUCAGUGACCUAAAAAACAAGUUGGAGAACCUGAAAGCAGAACUAGAUGAAACCCGACUCUCGGAGAAACACUUAAGACACCAAGUGGAUCAUCAGAAGGAAAUAAUUGCUGCCAAAUCAGAAGAACUACAUAUGAUGUCUGAACGCGUACAUGAGACCAUGUCUUCAGAAAUGCUCAAUCUUCAGCUAGAACUCACUGAACUAGAAAGCGUGAAGGCCAAUGUUGAAGAAAAGCUGAAUGAACUGCAGUACAGUAAAGAACAAUUAGAACUCAUAAACAGUAACCUACGUAAUCAGCUGGAGCGUCUACAGGGAGAAAAAGAAGAGAGGGAAAAAGAAAUAGUUUCUUACUGUAAUGCAUUAGAGAAAGCUCGUGAAGCUAAUCAAGAGCUUCAGGUUCAGCUGGAUCAUGCAGUGCAGCAAUCUUUGGACCCUACACGUAAAGGCAAUUCUCUCUUUGCCGAGGUGGAGGACCAUAGGGCAGAAAUGGAACGACAGCUGAUCAGUGUGAAAAUAAAAUAUCAGUCACUACAAAAACAGCAUGCAUUCACUAGAGAACAGUUGCAAAGAAUGAAGCUGCAGAUGGCUGCACUGCUACAGAUGAAAGGCUCUCAGGCAGAAUUUGAGCAGCUGGAACGCUUACAGUCAAUGUUAGAACAAAAGAAUGGCGAGAUAGAAGAUCUUCUUAUGAAAGUGAGGCAGCUAGAAAAAUUUAAGACUUUAUAUGAGAAUAUGGAAGAAUCCAGAGCUAGUAGUAACUCAAAAGGAGAGUCUGAAGAUGGUUACUAUGCAGAUCUACUGCAAAUGAAACUUGACAACUCCAACAAGGAAACUGAAACCUUGAAAAACGAACUAUCCUUGCAGAGGAUGAAAGCUCUGUAUGAGAGCCAGCGGGUUCUGGAAGUUGAAAGAAAACUCUUCACAAAUGAGAGGCAUUUGCAAGCUUGUCAGAGUGAGAAUAUGAACUUGCGAGUUAUGCUGGAUGAGCUAAAAAUGAAAUACGAACCUGAAGAAUUACUUAAAGGCACUAAAGUUAAAACAAAGAGGGAGAAGAUUCCAGUGGACAGUACUUGUGAAUACUUGGACAGCAAAAAUACUUCAGUAAAAGAAGUCGCUCUUGAUCAAUUGCCAAGCAAGGAAGAAACAAAGAUGACUUCAAAGGACUUGGAGCGAAGUGUUGCUUCUCCAAAAAAACACACUCUUGAAGCACCACCAAUAAAUAUAGCUCUUCAAGCAAUGCAAAAUGUAGUGGAACCUGAAAGAGAAAGAAAGAGAGUUAAAAUUAAAGAUGAGAAUCAUGAUGCCUUUAUUCCGUAUAGCAGAAGUGGAAGUAAUUCCCUGACUUCAGCCACCCCCAGGUUAACAGCUGAAUCCAGAUUUGAAACUACAGAAGAAGAUAAGAAAGAAAAUAAAAUCACGACUGAGAAGAAAGCACAAAAGAAAAAAUAUACGACGUUAUAUGUAUCUUCUAAACAAACUUCUGAAAACCAGUGUGCUCAGCAAUAAAACUUCGUUUCUGGAAGGAACCUGAACAAUUUGGAGUCCUGCUUCAGCAGGCAAUACUGAGCAAACUUAUGUACAGGUCCCUAAUUUAAAUAUUGAUCUGCCUUGCUCUCUGAAGAGUAUGAUUGCAUUAAUGAGAGUUGCACUUGUGGUAACUCCCCAGGCGGCACCUGAUGAGUUCCCUGGCAACCUGACCUGAAGUGAUGCCUUGUCUUGAAUCUUGGCUGAGUCUCUAAGCACGUGUUAAUUGCUAUCUGUUUGUAGCACAGUGCUGUUCUGAAAGAUAAGUACUUGCUACAGAAGUUUUAUAAUACAGUAAGACAGAGGUCAACCCUGAGCAAGACCGACUAGACAAUGUUGAUGCAGAACUCAGCUAAGUCACCUGCUCCUGAAUUUCUUCCAAUUCCCGUAUUCAGAAUUGUUAACAUUUUUCCCCCAAUGUGUAGUUAGUUGUUCAACUUUCAGGCUGACCUGAUUGCCAAGGUGCA